AGAAGAUCUCUCAAUAUAUCGACUUGCUAAAUUGACAGAGCAAUUCGGGAAAAAAAUGCAAAAAGAGGAACAAUAUCGUUUGGAAAUAAGAGAAUUUAUAUUUCAAAAUAAUGUACCUCGUGGACUUCCUUUAUACAUGCAUAUUGUUGGAUCAUCAGCUGAAAGUAUACAAAUUUUUAACCCUUUCCCUGACCAAACCGACAUUGAUAUCAUGCUUGAAUGUUCCUGGUUCCAAGCUUAUGAAAGAAGAACAAUUUCUGGAAAGAAAAAUCAAAUGAUUUUUAGAAUGGAUUGCAAAGGUGCGGUUCCAGGUUAUGCUUUCUUAAAUCUUCAAAUCUUUGAUGACGUAACAAACACGACGGAUGAAAUAAGUUUCCCCUCUUCAGACAUCCUAACACUGAUCUCUUCAUUAAUGAACAUUGAUUUACCCAUGCAAAAGUUUUUCGGUCUUAUUGAGGCGCCUCGUAUAUCCAAUGGAUACUUGAACGGACCGUCCUUAGCAAUGGGGAUUUUGACACAAGGAAAUGAUCUCACCAGUUCUUUCCCAUCAUUCAUUACGUCUUGCGACCGGGUUUUUGCAAUAAAGUGUGAUGAAUGGCCAAAGAUCGCUGAUGAAUGGAUGCAAAGAGAAAGACGCUAUAGCUGGCCUUCAGGAGAAAUAAUUGAAAAAGCUAUAGAAUUAGGCUGCCAUUUAGUACCUGUCGGCAAAGAUGACAAAUGUGAGUGGCGAAUUUCGUUUGUGUUAGCUGAAAAACUUCUGGUUCGAAACAUGAAUCCAAUGCAACAUUUUGUGUAUUCAUUUCUCAAAUCCAUUAAAGAGGAGAUUUUUUCAUCAGUCACGUCCGGAAUUAGUUCGUAUGUACUAAAAACAGUACUAUUCUGGGUAUCAGAGGAGAAUGAUGUGUCAAAGUGGCGACCCUCUACUGUACUUCAACAUGUUCGCGUAUGCUUCUUAAAGCUUACCGAGUUCUUAUGCUCCGGAAGAUGUCCACACUACUUCAUGAAAUCUUGCAAUUUGUUUUACAAAAAAAUUACCCCUGUCGAAAUUACCAAGCUUAUUGCUAAAUUGACAAAAAUGACAGAUUCUGGGAAUUUUAAAUCAGAUAUAAUCAAUUUAAAAUCUGUAAAACUUCUUUGCAAAUACAUGUUUUUACAAAAUAUGCGAACAAUGAGGUCCGUCGUGACCUUUUUGGAAAUAUGGUCUCAAUCCUACGGAAAGUACCUAUUACGAUUAUCCAAUGAACUUACCUCAACCUUUGUCGAAAAACUGUUCAAUAACAAAGACUUAGAUCGUCCAGAGCAUAUGAUGAUGACAAUUGCUAAUGUACUGACAAAAGUAAAAAGAGAAGACAGUGUUUUACAUGUAUCCGUGUCAUUUAGAGAUACUCUUAUAGGGGUUUUAUCCUGUAUGCAAAUUCGUGCAAAAUGUGCAUAUGAGUUUCAGACAUUGACUGGACCCAGUAGUGACAAAUCAAUUGACGAAAAAAUUCAAUUUGUGAGUCACUUAAUUAAGAAAUCAAAAUUGCAAGUCGAAACAUUGUGUCCUGGAGACCUAACACAAAUAGCUCACACGUUCUUUUCCCUUGGUUGCUAUGAAGACUGUUUAAAGAUUGUAUCUCCUAUGUUAGAAAAGUUGAAAACAAAAUUCCAGCCAGGGUUUGGUUCUGUUAUGUCUUUAAUUCAAGUUCAUUUAUCAAUAAUGAUGUCUAAGAAAAAUGACGUAACGUUUGCGUCUCCCUUACGUCCUAUUUUACAUACAGAGUUCUUUCCCUUUGAAGUGCAGAUGUUAACAAAGGACUUAAAAUUAGAAAUAGUGACUUUAGAGAUGCAGAAUGAAAUUCUUAGGAAGAGCCUGCCGAUACCAAUAGUUUUUCCUGCAAUGCAAGUAAAACUGAAAGUUAACUCUCUGGUAUACUCUUUAUACUUGAAAUUUCAAUGCUAUCGAUCUCUUGGGAGCCGUACUGGAUCGUGCUCUGCAUUGGAGGAUUUCAAAAAUGCAUCCUCGGGAAUCUUUGAUAAUGCAAUAUCCUUUAAUCUUCUAGGAUGUUGCUUGAAAGAAAAUGGACAACUGGAGGAGGGAAUUCGAAUUUUCGGACGCUCGGUUUAUAAAAACAGAGAAUUACUGGGAACAAAGUAUCAAAUCGCGAUAUUACUCAAACAUGCUUUUAAGUCUUAAAUUUUUUGUUUGAAUUCCUUGAGUACUAAUUGUGUACAAAACUAUACCAUGUACAAACAUAUUAAGUUUAUUUAAAAUACAUGAAAUAUAUAAUUGUAAGGUUAAGUGCCAUUCGCGGUAUACCCGGAACGGCCAUUAUUAUGCUUAUCAUAAGUACAUGUAAUAUUAUGCUUUCAUGUUGCUUGCUGCUGCUGCUUGUUAUAAUUUUGGGUCGCCCUUUACGCUUAGUGACCCUUUGCUGCUUUUACAUAUGCCAC